UAAUAAUAUACAAUCCACUACUAUUGAACUGAUAGCACCUAUUAAAAUAUUAUAUGGAUGUGUUGGAACGCCUUGUAUGCAAGAAAGAAAGUAAAAUUUGUAAAAUUUGUUAUUCCAUCUAAUGUAUAUAUGUUUAUGGUUAGAAAUAGAGUUCGAGACAGAGAGAGAGAGAGAGAAAGCGAAAUAUAUAAGAAAGCCUUUCUAAUAAAAUAUUAUGAUGAAAUAUUUUGAAAGGUAUGCGAAUUGUUCAAAUAUUUUUUAAGGAGGAUAAUUGUCCCUAUAUUGAUUAGUCACGUAAUACAAAAGUAAUCAUUAAGGUUAAUAUUUUUAAAAGGUUAUGUUUAUUCAAUUUUGUAUAAAUAAAAAAUAUAAAUAUGCUAUAAAACAAGUGAAGUAUGGAAUAUUUCUAUCGUUUGUCUAUAGAUAUAUAUAUAUUUGUAAAUGCGCGCGUGUGUGUGUCUGUGUGUGUUUAUAAUAUGCUUGAAGGAAUGCCAGUAAAAAAAAAUCAAUAAUCAAACACUACAAAAUAAGAAUGACUUUGGUAAAUAAACAUUUAUUAAAGUGUAACGAAAAUUGAAGAAAUUAUCAUCUAGUUACAAAUGAUUAUACAUACACUUUGACCUUUUUAUUACGUUAUUUUAUUAUAUCUGGAAAUAAAAGGGUUAACCAAAUUUGGCCAAAAUUUAGAUAGGCCAUUAGCUUAGAGAUUUCAAUGCUGUGCAUACCACACUAAGAUUGAAUACUUUCGAUAUUUUCUAUGGUAGUACCUGUUACGGGCUUGUUUUCUCUUCUCAGCUAAUAAAAAAUUUUAUAUUGGAUAUCUUUUAUAUUUCGUCGUUUUAACUUCUUAUCGACGAGCGGAUGAUUAUAAAAAACAUUGGAUAUUUCUUAUUGAAAAUUCGUUAAAGACUAAAAUGAAUCAACUUGAAAUAUCAGUUGGUUUAUUAUUACUAAUAAUAGCCACACCUACCUUUUCUAAUGAAUGUUUUUGUGAUGGAACAUCGUGUGUCUGUAGAAACUUGAAAUUAACUACAAUACCUUUAAAUUUGAACGAAAAUAUUGAAGUUUUGUUUAUUAUCGGCAAUCCUAUAAGUACUCUUCCAGAUGCUGCAUUUUCUAGAUAUAGUAAAUUAAAAAUCUUAAUUUUAAAGGAUAAUCAACUAUCCGAUAUAAAAGAUGGAGCUUUUAACGGACUAGAUGAUCUAAUUGAACUGUCGUUAGAGGGAAAUUUCCCUUUAGAGUCUUUUAGAAGUGAGUGGUUUUAUCCUGUAAGAAAUUUAAAGAAGCUCACACUAUCUUCCAAUCCUUUAGUACAAAAAUUACCAAGUAAUUUCUUAAAAGAUCUAAAAUUAGAUAGUUUAAAUGUUCGUCGAUGUAAUUUAUUAAAAGUUGACAAAGGUAUUUUCGCUGAGAAUACAACAAUAAAAACAUUGGAUUUAAGGCAUAAUAGAAUUGAACGCUUUGAAGACGGCUCUCUCGACCAUCUAAAGAUGAAUUUAUCUAAUUUGAAUCUUGGCUUUAAUUCACUUAAUAAACAAGAGUCUUGGGAAGCUUUUGGAGGAAUUCACUUCAAUGAAUUUAAAAUAGACAUGAAUAAUUUACGUAAUCUGGAUCCAUUUAAAUACGUUUCUGCCAAAACGGUUGAUUUAGCCAAUAAUGAUCUAUCAAAUGUAACCUUUGAAGACUUUCCGAAUUUUAUAUCAAUAACCCAUCUUUUAUUGAAAAAUACAAGUAUUAAUUUAAACUAUGGAUCAUUUCGAAAUAUGCCAAAUUUAGUUCAUCUAAAUUUAGCAUCAAAUUUGAUCGAUUAUUUGCAUUAUAGACAAUUCGAAAAUAAUGGUAAACUGGAUUAUUUGGACAUUUCAAAUAAUAAAUUAACUGCUUGGAGUUCAGUACACGCAAAUUAUGCACCAAAUAUUACCGAUCUUAACCUUCAAGGGAAUUUAAUUGAAAUUUUAGAUGGAUACGAUUUUAAUCCUUAUUUGCAAUUGCAAAGGUUAAACCUGAAAAGUAACCUAAUAAAAACAAUACUGCCAAAUACUAAGAGUAUAUUUGAGAGACUACGAAGCUAUAAUCUAAAUGAUAAGAUUCUGUUAACGAAUAAUCCAAUUCAUUGUAACUGUGAAAUUAAGUGGCUUGCCGAGUAUUCUAAUGAAAAUGUAGCCUUGAGUGAAUUUGAUAGUCCAAUAUGCGCAUCUCCCGAUUCUCUUAAAAAUAAAAAACUUUAUGGGGACUUUAAGGACAAUAAUAUUGAUCAGCUAAGAUGCAGUACAGCAAGUAUUGACUUUAUAGCCAAUUCAACUUAUACCGUUCAGGAAGGGAAUGAAAUAUAUAUUAUGAUAGAGAUAAAUGGAAAUCCGGAAAUAACCACUGUUGAAAUAAUAUCUAUAGAUGGAGAUGAUAACUUUAACCUUUUAUACGAAUUUUACUCAAAACAAGUCUAUAUACCUCUAAAAUUCGUUGGCUCGAAAGAAUCUAAAGGAAUAUAUAGAAUUAUUUCAUCAAAUUCAGUUCUAAGCAAAAACUUUACUUUUGAACUCAUUGUAGAGUUUCUACCAACAACGACUGAAAGGGAUACAACAGUAUUUCCUCAAACGGACUCUACCGUUACGAGUAAAGUUCAAGAGUUUACAACUCUAAAUUCUAAAACAACAACUCAAGUGGAGGAACAAACUAAAAACUUUACCGAUUCUGAUAUGGAAGGUAGCUCGGUAACUUUAUAUACUAGUUUCCAAUCAACAACCUCCAAUUCAGAAAAUGCUACAAGUUUUGACCAGACAACAAAACAAUUUAAUUUCAGUAGCACAGAGAGAAAUGAUAACAGUACAAUAACUAGUGGAACUGGAGCUAAUAACACAGAAUCGAAUAAAACAACACUAAGUAAAACAAGUAGUCAAACAACAACUACAAUCAAUUUCUUGUCUUCACAAUCUGAGAAUAAUAAAACGACAAUAUCAUCCGAAUUAAAUACCCAAGAGACAAUGGGAACUUCUCAAAUAGUAGAUGGGGUAACUAUUACUUCAGACUAUGAUGGAACAAGAUCAUCGACUUCAAGUGAGAUUUCAUCGAAAACGUAUGAAACUUCAACACAGAUAAAUUUUGUGACCCAAUCAGUAUUAAGCACACUAAGGAAUACACAUACCAGCAAAAGCACUUUAUCAUACACUACAUUGUCAACAAGAAGGAAAUCAACAAGGACUAGAACAGAAAAAUCAUUACCUCCAUCCUCCAAGGUUACACCAACUUCACGUAUGUCUAAAGACAAGGGUACAUUAAGUUCAGCUAGAUAUAAGCUUUUAAUGAUUAUAGUUGCAGCUAUAUGCUUAUUCAUGGUAAUAAUUCUAUUAUUCUAUACGCUAUCGUUGAGUUACGCAAAUAGAACAACGACAUACGGAGGGUCUCGAGAUAACUUUUGUGUUUCGGAUACUCAUUCAGGUCUGAGCCAAAAAACUUCGUUGACUACUUUACCAGGAAGUGAUCAAGAAGAAGGUGGAACAACUUUUACUAUCGUUGGAAAGGUAGAGAGAAAUGGUACAGAAAGAGAUAUUGUCUCUAUCUUGGAUGAAACUACACCUUCUAACAGUACACAUAGAGCUGAAGGACAUAGGAAUCCUGUAUUUUCUGAAGAUAUUUUAUGACAUUCAAACUAUGUUAAUAAGUUCUUUUGUUCGUUAUUUUUCUUUUGUUUAGUUUUUUUUUACACUAUUGAAGAAGAUAGUCUCGUUGUGUCGGAAUUCGUCGAAGUGUUUCAUCUAUGAAUAAAUAAGAAAGAGCGUCUAGUCAUAUUAAAAUGUUGCUUAUUAUUAUUAUUUUUGAAAAAAUUAACCUAAUGAAUGUUGUAGAGUAUUAAAAAAUUAAAUCGAUUCCGAUUAUAUAAUGAUGUCCGUAGGCUUAGGCCUUUAGUUUGUUUAUUUAAGAGAAAAUAUUUCACUAGAUCAACAACAAUUAAGAUACUUAUCAGCUUCUAACUACUAUCAGUAAGAAAAAUGGUAUCUUUAAUGGUAGAGCUAAAGAAUUUUUCUCAUUCCUCGUUGAACUAGAAAGUUAAAGAGAAACUAAUAAGCAGUAUAAAUGAGAUGUACUUUUGGAAAUGUUGCCUUUGGUUAGCAGUAAGCAAACAGCUAGUACGUAAUCGGCGUUUAACGGAAACGUAUCAGAUGUACACCGCUUUACAGGAUUACAAUAUUGAAAGAUUCCUUCUCAAAUGGCAUAAAGUGUAAUAUUUGAAGAUCUUAUUAGAAUAGAUUUAUUCCUUUCAUGAUAAUUUAUUGGAAUGCAGUUGCCUCGAUAUGCAAAGUUUCCAGUUCAGCAUCGAUAAUAUAUGUGCAGGGUCAGGUUCUAAAAUCUUUCUUUUUUUAUAUUUUGCAUAACAAGUCAACUCAUUUCUUUCUGUUCAGAGGCAUUUAUGUAUUUUGUUAACGGAAAUAAAACGAACGAUCAUAGGCAUUUAGAUGGAAACAAAGAGAGAGACAGAGAGAGAGAGUAAACGAAUAUUUUAGUUAUGCGAUUACGAUAUACUCUAGAUUUGCUUAAUUAAAAAUCGCUACCAAAUAGUAUAUCACUUAUCAGAUGGAAUUUUUGUACUACGGUUUCAUAUCGUUAUUGCUCACUAGAGGGAAUCAAAAAAUUUCACUGAAAGUAUGCUAAACAGAGAGCCUCUUAUCGCGUUUGUCAUGCCUACUGUAUUGUUGCUGACCUGUAUCCUGCUUUGUAGGCCUUAAAAACAUAGGAAAACAUUUUUGUAUGAAACUCAUUACUCAGAAGAGGCAUUACAGAACGAGCGGCGGUGGAAUUUACAUCUCGCAAAGAGACAAUGAGUUUACAGCCAUCGUUUCUCUGCGACGUGUUACUUGUGCCGACGUUGUAUUCAACAAUAGAAAAUAAGGUAGAUUCCAGGUAAUAGAACUUUUGAUGACUAUUUGAGUUAAAAGAGUUUAUAGUAUUUUCUGUUUCUCACCCUCCCGCUCUGUUUCUCUCUGUGUGUCUGUCUGUCUCUCAUUCUCUUUGUCUUUCUAUCUAGCGAUUAGUAGAGGGUAACAACUCUUUGAUACGAUAAAAUAUAUGAAAAUAUUAAAUAUUUAAGGAAAUUUUGAUAAAGAUAGUAUAAACAAAAACAAAGUGUAAAGGCAUAUAUCUACAGCAUCUUUUUAAUUAAAAAGAAAUUUUACUCUAUGUUACAAAGUACGCUGUAACAUAUUUUCAUAAUACAAAGUAAGAUGGUUAAAAAAAAAGGGCAAAAAAAAAAACUUUUUCUCAGAUCGCUUGCUCGCUAUUUAUUCUCUUACUUGUCUUAAAAUCUUUAGUAGGAUAUUUACUGCUGACUAUUCAUAAGAAUAAGAUUCUUUAACAGAUUUACUAAUUAUCCAUGUGGCAAUUGUUACACAUAAAUUAAAUAUAUAAAGAUUUAUGAUGUAUAUGAAUACUAACGAU